CGCGCGUGGUACCUGCGGGGGCGGGGCGGCGGCCUCGCAAAGCAAGCAGCAGCGGAUCCCUUUGCACCCGCAGCCCCCGGGCCUGCCGCCGCCGCCGCCGCCGCCUCCCUCUCCGGCAGCCUCCAUCCCGCCCGACCCCGGUAGCUGUUGCCGCCACCUCUGCCGCCACUACUACUAGCGCGAGCGGGCGGGCCUCCCUCCGAGCUUCCGGUUCGCCCAGCUCUGGCGGCGGCAGGAAGGAGAAGGAGGAAACCACCCCGCGUCCGCCGCUUGAGUUACCUACUAUUGCCAUCUGGGUCUUCAGGGGAAGACGAAGAACCAAGAGCUCAUCAGUUUUGAAGUUUUCAGGAAGACAACAUAGACCUUUGACUUUGAAGAAAACCAGAAGAGACUAAAAAUGUCCAAAAUAACUACAGAACUCCUGUUGGAAAGAGCAGUGCCUAAAUCUACAAGGCUGCGAAAGAUCAAAACUCUGAACCUGUCCAGGUUGCAAAUAACAACUGAAGACUUGGAACCGCAGUUAUUUUCUCAUCUCCGCCACCUCCAAGAACUUGACCUCUCUGACAAUUUACUAGAGCGGCUCCCUGACAAUCUCAGUUUGCCAAACCUCCGCAUCCUAAACUGCGACAACAACCACCUGGAAGAUGUAACGGCUCUGCAGCAGUUUCCACAGUUAGAGGAGCUGACCUAUGUGAAUAAUGUAUACCUGACAUCCAGCGAUGACUAUAAGGUCAUGUUUCUUCUGCGAAAUCUCCGGCAACUGAAUGGAAAGGAUGUCACCAAGCUAGCCAAUCACGUGAGAGUUGUCAAUAGUCGAGAGCUGACCAAUAGGGUCACUGCUCACUGGGGGAAAAACUUCCGGAAUCAGCUACCUAAAACACUGUCCCCUGAGCAGUUGAAAUCAAUCAGGAAAAAAUUCAUCAGGUCUGCACAAGCCCACGUAGCAUAUGGACCCAGCUCGCUCAGCGACUUCACCCGAUGGCGGGUGAAAAUGAUUGCAGAGGAAUUCUUGACUUCGCUAUUAAAUCAGGAAGAUAAGGCUGCUCCUGGAGUGGAAGAAUCAGUGGAGGAGGAGGAGGAGGAGGAGGAAGAAGAAGAAGAAGAAGAGGAGGAAGAGGAAGAGGAAGAAGAAGAAGAAGAGGACGAAGCAAAGGAAGAAGAAAUUACAGAAGAUACUACAGAGAUUGAAAAUAAGGUUGCUGCUAAGGGCAUAGUGACCCCCAGCAAGAGGAAAGGGGUGCGUUCCAAAGGAGGAGGAGCGAGUAAGAGGUCCCGUUCCCAGAGUAGUUCCAAGGAGGAAGCCUCUCCCAGCCCCAAGAAGCCCAGCUGCUUGCAGGACGAGCGCAGCCCUGAUGGGGUGAGAGCCUCUCGCCCACAGGCCAAGGAGUCUCGGGACACUCAGGAUCCUGAAGGGGCCCAUCGGAAUGGAGGGCGGCUCCCGAAAGCGCAGAGCCACAGAAGGCCCAGUCAGCAGAAAGGGGAGCACAGGGAGGAAGAGGAGCGCGCCAGAGAUGUCUGUCGCACUCCAGUCAAGGACUUGGAAGGCGAGGAGACAAUCAGCCUGGAGCCUGUCCAUUUCCUACAGUGUCACAGUAAAGGCAACAACAGGGAUGACUUUAAGACCCAGUUAUGGGCCUGUGUCUUUGAGCCGCCGCUGGAUUGUGGGACGAGAAAAGAUCCUGUGGUGAGUUCAUCCAGAACAGCAGCUACCUGUGGUGGAGACUCAGUUUGUUUGGUUGACUGUGAGACUGGCAUUGUCUUGAAAAAGUACAAAGUGGCUGGGGAGGAAUUUUUCACUGUUGCGUGGACAACCCUGACAAUGGUGACUAGUGAUGGGAGAAAGAAAAGGCACAACGUCCUGGCAGCAGCAGGGAGACGAGGAAUUGUGAAAUUAAUUCAUGUGACUGCUGAUUACUGCUAUGGAGAGAUCAAGGCUCACAAGAAGCCCAUUGCUACUGCCUGCUUUAGCCCAACUUGCGAGACACAUCUUUUCACUGCAUCCUAUGACAAGAAAAUAUGCAUGUGGGACAUUGGUGUUCCGGACUGUGACUAUAAUUUCAAAGAAAGGCAGCUGAUGGUGCUGGAGACCAUUGCCACCCCCCUGCGAAUCGCCCUAGUGCCCUCUUGCCCAGACCGGUACUUGGUGGCUGGCUGUGAGCAAGGUUGCUUCGCUUGGGAUAUCAGACUGGAUGACAAGCAGCAGAAAAACAGAGCUUUUGAAGUGGAAUUUCAGUUCCCAGAUAAUGGGGGGAAUGAGACAUCUUCCCAUCGAGUAGAUGGCCUGGCCUUUUUGAAUGAAGACAUUGUGGUAACCAAGAGUUCAAAGACUGGAUCCAUAAACCUCUGGAGCUGGAGCCGCUCUUUCAAGCAGGGGAAGGGGGGUCAGAGGACGGUGCAGGCUGUCGUUCUGGCUGAAUUAGAGUGGUCUUCAACAGAUCUGUCUUACCUCACCCUCAGCACAUGUCCAACAGAAGAGUAUGUGUUCUGCGGUGAUGAGAAAGGCAGCGUCUGGAUGUAUGACCUCAGCAACCAUUUGUCUGCCCUGAGUGCCACCAAGGAAGAUUCUUCAGUCACGAGAAUAGGCCCUUCACAGGUUCUGAAGUGGCCAGAAUUGAAGGCAAACGGAGAGCUGCUGACAGACGUCCUGGUGAACAACGUAGUCACGGACCCCACCUUCACUUACCUGGUGGCUCUGACUGACGUAAACAUUGCCGCAAUAUGGAAGAAAGCCUAGCUGUGCUGGCUCGGCCCCACACCAGGAGCCACAUUUUUUCCCAUCCGCAUUUCAGUAGUGCAGUAUUUGUGACCGUUCUGAAAAUAAUCAGGGUGGGGGCGGGGCGGGGAUUUAAGUUCAUGUGAACGAAUGCAAGAAAUUCAACUAAAGGGUUGGCUAGAACCCUGUGCUGUUAUUGCCAAUACCCACUCCUGUUAACUGUGACUUUGCUUUAUUGGUGUUUUAAGUGUAUUUGUUUUAUAGAAAGACAGUAUUUAAUAA